AUGGCUGCUGGUGGUCCUAAACAUCUUAAGUCGGGUUCCGAAUGUCCUUCAUUGAAGGAGAAUCAUUUACGUCUUUAUGGGAUGCGUUUUUGUCCAUUCGUUCAACGAACCAAACUUGUUAUGGCUGCAAAAGGCAUUUCUUACGAAGAAAUCUAUAUUAACCUUGCUGAUCCACCUGAAUGGUAUCUGAAAAAAAAUCCAAGUGGUCAAGUUCCAUCUUUGGAAUGGAUCGAUGCCAAUACAAAACAGACAGCAUUAGUUCCUGAGUCGCUCAUUAUUUGUGACUACCUGGAUGAGAAAUAUCCUGAACAUCGUUUGCACCCACUCGAUCCUUAUCUCAAGGCGAAACAACGUGUUUUAGUCGAUCGAAUGGGAAAUGCUACUUAUGCAUAUUAUACAGUCAUCAAGGGACAAGAUGUUGCGAACGCUAUCAAAGAUUUAAAUGAAAGUUUGGUUCUGUUCGAGCAAACACUUGAAAACACAUUCUUUGGUGGGUCAACGCCAGCUAUGAUUGAUUAUAUGAUUUGGCCAUGGUUCGAGCGAUUUCCAUUCUUGCAUGAAGCCGGCUACGUGUUCAAUGCUGAUGGAAAAUUUCCCAAACUUGCUGCUUGGAUCAAAGCGAUGGAAGCGACUAAUAUCGUAAAGCAGGUUAAAGUGCCCGAAGCUGCAAUGAAGAAAUUUAUGGACAGCUUUCGAAGUGGAAAGACUGAAUAUGAUGUUUAG